AAGCGAACAAAAUGCAAUUUCUAAAAGCGUACGAAAGAGUAUAUCGUCUCCGUCAACCUGGAUUAACGACAACACUUUCAUCGCAACCCCGAAAAAUCUUACACUGCAUACUCGAAAACUACGGGUUCAAGUCUUUGACCUCGAUAACGGCGCUCUGGAAAUACUGUGAAUACAGUAUAAGCUAUCGAUAUAGGACUACCUUGUUAACAUUUCAUUAAACGUUCUUCUAUGAACAUCAAGGUAUACACGAGUCGUUUAAAAUUUAUAAGAAAACUGAUAUUUUACAAGAUAACGCGUAUAUCUUAUAUACGAAAUUGUGUCAUUCGCACAAUGUCUUCAAUAGAAAUUGAUGGAAGCUUAGGGGAAGGUGGUGGUCAAGUGUUAAGAAUAGCACUUUGUUUGAGUGCUUUAUAUAAAAUCCCAGUUAAAAUUAAUAACAUACGAGCGGGUCGUCCCAAACCUGGCCUUGCUGCACAGCAUUUAAAAGGAGUACAACUACUAAAGAAUAUGUGCAAUGCUGAAGUCCAAGGGGAUCAUAUAGGAUCAACUGCUUUGGAAUUUAAACCUAAUGAAUUAAAUGGAGAUAAAAGAAACAAAUUUUUAGUAGAUACAGGAACCGCUGGUUGCAUUUGUUUGUUAGCUCAAGUAGCUUUGCCUUGUGCUCUUCUUUUCCCUCAGCCUAUUACACUAAUUCUUAAAGGUGGCACAAAUGUCCCUAUGGGGCCCCAUAUAGAAUACCUUGGAGAAGUGUUGAGACCAUUACUUAAUAAAUUUGGAGCUGACUUUGAUUUCAAUGUUGUAACAAGGGGUUAUUAUCCAAAGGGAGGUGGAGAGGUACAUUUAUACAUAAAACCAGUGCAAUCAUUGAAGGCUAUUACUUUAACUGAUCCAGGGGUUCCUAGCGAGGUAGCAGGAUGGGCAUAUGUUGCUGGUGUUGUUCCUAUUAAAGAAGCUUAUAAAAUGGCAAAUGAUGCUAAAUCACUUUUAACUGAAGGUUUAAAUAAACAUAAUAUUCCCUUACCACCAAUAAAUAUUGAAACUUAUAAAGAAGAUAGAUCUAUAGCUGUGGGAAAUGGAUCUGGUAUCAAUGUAGUAUGUACAACAUCUAGUGGAUGUAUUUUUGGUGGUUCCGGAUUGGGGUCCGGACGUCAGGAACAAAUUCCACCAGGCACACAAUCAGCUAAAGAAAUUUUGGAUACAAUUUUAGCAGGAUCUUGUGUUGAUGAUCAUGCUCAAGAUCAGUUAAUAAUUUUAAUGGCUCUAGCCGAAGGUGUUUCUAAAAUUAAUCUUGGAAGCAAGAAACUUACUUGUCACACUGAAACUGCCAUAAAAGUGGCCGAACUAAUGUUAAAGGAUUUCAAUCCUCGCUUUAACUUAUGCGAAAAUAAAGAUGGAGAUAACGUCUCUUAUGCUUUAGAAUGCGAAGGCUGUGGAUAUAAAAACAAGUAUAUAUAAGAAGUUAUUCCUGUUUUUGCCUGAAGAAUGGUUCUAUCGUUCUUAAAAAUUCUCUUUCAAAUACUUCAUCGGAAAAUCGAUUUACAGAUGCUC